GGCAAUCUCCUUCACACUGUUAAACUGGCGUCUGUGUAAGCUCUUCGAAGUGCCCUCGUCACAGUCCCUACUUCGGUGUGGUCACUUGACGUCUCCUCUGCGACCUGCUGUCAUUCUUCCAUCUUGCGUUGACCCUCUCAGCCGUGAGACCCUGGAGAUGCCUUAUUGGAGGAAUUGGAACGUUCUACCCUCCAGGACAGUGAUGCAUAUGCAAACCCUGAUCAGCAAUCCAAACAGGAGAGCAAGCUUCCCAAAAGUCCAAAAACCUUGUCAUCUCAGAGUCACACAAGUCCCUUGAAGGUGCAGCUUGUGUAUACAACCAAUAUUCAGGAGCCCAAUGUCUACAGGAUUGAGCCAGGUAGGAAAUCCAAGCAGAGAUACAGAAGAAGAAGGCAGAGCCUGGGAGACUCCAUCCAGCUGCUCAAGGAAAAACAUUCCAACAGACUGUGAGGUCCAAGAGCCAAAAAAAUCAGUACCACCUCCUAAAACCUCAGCAGCUGCUCAGCUGGAUGAGCUCAUGGCCCACCUGAGUGAAAUGCAGUCCAAGGUUUCAGUAACAGCAGAUGCCAGCAGGAAACCCUUGCCAGACAAACAGGAUCACAAGGCAUCGUUGGACUCAAUGCUUGGGGGUUUGGAACAGGAACUGCAAGAUCUUGGGAUUGCCACCGUGCCCAAGGGCCACUGUGCUUCCUGCGAAAAGCCAAUUGCUGGGAAGGUGAUCCAUGCUCUGGGGCAAUCCUGGCACCCGGAGCACUUCAUUUGCAAUCACUGCAAGGAGGAGAUUGGCUCCAGUCCCUUCUUUGAAAGGAAUGGCUUGGCCUACUGUUCCAAGGACUAUCACCUCCUGUUCUCGCCACGUUGUGCCUACUGUGCUGCUCCCAUCAUGGAUAAAGUGCUGACAGCAAUGAACCAGACAUGGCACCCAGAGCACUUCUUUUGCUCUCACUGUGGAGAGGUGUUUGGUGCAGAAGGUUUUCAUGAGAAGGACAAGAAGCCAUAUUGCCGAAAAGAUUUCUUAGCCAUGUUCUCACCUAAGUGUGGUGGCUGCAACCGCCCAGUGUUGGAAAACUAUCUUUCAGCAAUGAACACUGUCUGGCACCCAGAGUGCUUUGUGUGUGGGGACUGCUUCAGCAGUUUUUCUUCAGGCUCCUUCUUUGAACUGGAUGGCCGUCCAUUCUGUGAACUCCAUUACCAUCAGCGCCGAGGGACCCUCUGCCAUGGCUGCGGGCAGCCCAUUACUGGUCGCUGCAUCAGUGCCAUGGGGCACAAGUUUCAUCCUGAGCACUUCGUGUGUGCUUUCUGCUUGACACAGCUGUCCAAAGGCAUCUUCAGAGAGCAGAACAACAAGACCUACUGCCAUCUCUGCUUCAAUAAGCUCUUUCCACAGUAGUUCCCUUUGAUCCGCCAUCCACUUCAUGUUGCCCGAGACCAAGGCAGGGAAGAGCACACUUUGUUUCCCUGACCUUCACUCAGUGGGCUAGUAGAGUACAAAAAAUGAGCAAAUAGGGGAAUUUCUGCAAGUUAAUAGGCCUAUAAUCUUAUUUUUGAAGAUAUUUCUUAUUAUGUGUUUGCAUUUAGAUCUAGACCAUGCUAUCAAGGCCCUCUGAAGAUAUAUUUCUCAUGUGCACAAUUCAUUCCACCUCUGGUUUUCUGUUUUUCUCCUUUUGCCUCUACUGAUGCCCCACUCAGACCUUCAGCUGUGGACCCCAGAAUCUGACUUUUUCUUUUCUCUUAGGAGUCAUGACUCUACUCUUAAGCCCUUAUAGUGCCUUCCCUCAAUAUUUGCUAUUUUAAGAGGAAGUGUAUUUUAACUGACAUCUGUGUGAAUAAAGCAGCUUGUGGUUUUGGUGA